GGCGAGGAAAAAAAAUCAUUGUGCAAAAUUAAAAGUGCAUUUUGGCAAAGAUUACUCACAUGUAAAUGCCUGGGAAUUACACAACCCCUUCACGUUCUCUCCAAAUUGUAAAUAUUUGCAAAGUGCGAUACGUUUAAAGUUAAAAAUUAAGAGAAAUUGGGCUGCUAGUUUCCAAAAAAACAACAACCCCAAAACAGCAUGAUUAAUUGCUGCUUUUUAAAAAAAAAAAAAAAUUCUUUGUGAUGAUAAUUUGAUGAAACUUGUUAAAGCUCCUUUUUUUCCCAUUCAAUUUGUUUUGUUCUUUCUGCUUUUAGUGUAGCUUGCUGAACCGUCCUCGGUUGCUGUCGCUCCUUCAGGCGAUGAUGUUGCAGUAGUAAAAAGGGCCCAGCAAAGGAGAAAGGAUGAGAAGAGGGGGCUGGCUGUGGACCAUGGGGCUUGCCAUGGUCCUGGCAGCCACCAGGGUUGAGAGUUUCUCGAGCUCCAGGUGUGGUGGAUGCUCCAUGGAGAUGAGAAGCCACACCGUAUCCUACCUCGCCUCCCAUGUCCAGCCGGUCCACCAGCCCUACCUCACCCUGUGCCCGGGAAACAGGCUCUGCAGUACAUACAGAACUACCUAUAAAGUCGGACGUCGCCAGCUUUAUCAGAAGAUUUUGCGGCCGGAAUACAUUUGCGCUCCUGAAUGGAAGCGGAUAAGUGCUUUCUCUCGGCUCGGAUGUCCCACAGGUGCCUUUUCUUUCUGUUGAAGCAUUAACCAAAAAUCGUUUGGGGCCCUUAGAGGAGGGUUGCUCGAUGAGGGUUAUAUGUGUGAAGCAAGACCAAUGCUGAAGAAACUCAGUUUAUUUGAUGCAAAUAGAAGCUCUUUUUCCCUUCUCAAAACUGUAUAAUCAGGCCACUUGGAAACCACUUCUGGGCUUUCUGCUCAAAAGAGAUACAAAUGAAAUUCUGAGUUUAAAUCAG